AUGCAUGAGACGCACAGAUGAUUGAAAGAAGAAAGGGGAUCAUCAUCAUCAAUACCAACUCUACAACCUCUUUGACAAACAGAUGAUAUAGUACAAAGAUGCGGAUAAUAGCCAUUCCAUUAGCAAGGGCAAGAGCAGGUGUAACACCCGUUUCCACCUUUUUAGCACAAAAGACGCCGAUCAAACCUUCAUUCACUUCUCACAAAUUAGCCGAAGCAGAAAAGACAAAGAGUAAAGCAUCAUCAUCCUCAAUAAAAGAUGCAGCGAAACCAAGCGAAGAAGCUAAGGAACCUUUAUCCAAAAGAAUCAUGUCAAAAGCUUCUGCUUUUUGGGUUGACUUAGGAAGAGAAGAUCAAAAGUCCACUUUUGAUUGGAAGAGACGGACGUAUACGCUUGGUGAAAAAUUGAUGGAUCAAAUCGAAUACGAAGAAUGGGCUUUGAAAGGCGUUGAUCCUUCGAUAGGGCCUACUCUGACACAUCCAAAAAGCGCUCAAAAGGAUAAUGCUACAGAAUCAUCAGCUGAAUCUUCAGGACAACCCAUAGCCUCCAGAUCGACCCCUAAAAAUGUUUCGCUCCUCUUCCCUCCAUCCCUGCUCUCCGGAAAUACUCUUCUAAGCUCGCUAACAAAGAUGACCGCAUCUCGGCAACCUCAUCAUCGGCAAAGGAUGAUAUGGUGUAUCCUUGGAAUGCCGCUCACAAUCCCAUUUAUCGUUAUCCCGGUCAUUCCAAAUUUGCCGUUCUUCUAUCUUGUUUGGAGAGCAUGGUCGCAUUGGCGAGCGUUCCAAUCGUCCAAAUACCUUUCCGACUUAAUUCAACAAGGUCGUUUGAUCCCUACACCAUCGGAAGAUUUAGAUCAAAUUCUGUCCAAACCUCCUUCACCGGAAGAAAGGCCACCUGCAUCUACCGCCAUAACGGAAGAAAAACCACAAGAUGGACAACAACCUCAAGUGUCCAAAAUAGAAUUGGAUUCAUUAAUGAUUUUACAGCCUUUUCAUAUCAAAAGGUUAUCGGAAUCGUUCAAGAUGGAUCGACAGCUUUCCGUAGACUUACAUCGAGCUCGUCAACAAACAAUCAAAGCCAUCAAAUCCGGUCGUCUUGGCAAAUUAGAAGCUGCAGCCAAAGAUGGAGCCGGUCAUGACAAGAAGGCAUAAUGCUUACUUCUUAAACUUGUACGCAAUCAGCAUAGACACACCACCAAAUGCAACUUUUCAAACACUUCAUUUCUUGUUUUACGGUACUUUUACACUUUCUCGGAUGGAUUAUUGAAUAAUAUACAAAUGUAACGGAUCUUGUUUUGAAUCUUUUAG